AUGGAUGACGGCGAGGAGCCCAAAACGGUAUGGAUGGACAGGAUGUACGACGGACCUAAGUCGCACGGAGCUGGCCGUUGGUGGUUCGGACAGUUGCAGCGCACAACUUUAGUUGCGGCUUCAUCUCUUGGCACCGCUUGGGCUCCUGUUUCGGCCCGAGUGACGUCGUCGGAAAAAGAGAACGAGGACGGGUCCAUGAAGUUUCUAGCUGAAAUCAUGAUCACACAAAAAGCUCGUUUGUGA